GAAACAUUGAGCAUUGAUUAUUGAGGACUCGUGGAUACCAUUGCAGGCGUUCAGGUAUUGAUUUCUUUUCACAAUUCACGAUGUCUUCAACCGCACUAUUCCGCACUGCGAGAGCUUACACCAGGAAUGGUACCAAGGUAAGAGGAGCUUUAAAGCCGGCGGGCAAUACUGACUAUGAAUAGCAAUCCAUUCUAUUAGCUCGCACAUUUGCCUCUACAGCUCGUCGCAAUGAGAUCAACAAAGUCCUCCCUUCUGCAGCCGAAGCGCUCAAGGACAUGCAACCCAACAGCACAGUCUUGUGCGGAGGAUUUGGACUCUGCGGUGUGCCCGACACUCUGAUCGACGAAGUUAUCAACAAGAAAGACAUCACCGGUCUCACCGCUGUGUCGAAUAAUGCUGGAACCGACACAUCGGGACUUGGGAAGUUGUUGAAGACUAAGCAGAUCAAGAAAAUGAUCGCGAGUUACAUCGGAGAGAAUAAGACAUUUGAGAAGAUGUACCUUACGGGAGAGGUUGAGCUCGAGCUCACACCACAAGGGACACUGGCAGAACGAUGUGCAAGUGGGGGUAAAGGAAUACCAGCUUUCUAUACACCAGCCGCCUUUGGUACCGUGGUCCAGACUGGAGAACUUCCUUUACAAAACAACCCUGAUGGCACACCAAAAGUCUACUCAUACCCCAAAGAUGUAAAAGUCUUCGAUGGAAAGCAAUACUUGUUAGAAGAGAGCAUCAAAGGAGACUAUGCUUUCGUAAAAGCUUACAAGGCCGACAAGCUUGGAAACUGUCAAUUCCGUCUGACAGCCAACAACUUCAAUGGCGCUAUGGGCAGAAAUGCGAAGAUGACCAUCGUAGAAGCGGAGCAUAUUGUGGAGCCAGGGGAGAUUCCUCCUGAGGCUGUCCAUCUCCCUGGUAUAUAUGUCAAGCGUGUCAUUCAGUCUACGACUCCGAAGAAUAUCGAAAAGUACACCUUUGCCAAAGAUCCCAACGAUCCCGAGGCCAAGGCUGCGCUUGGAAGUGGAGAUACAGCUGCCAAGAGAGAACGUAUUGUAAGGAGAGCUGCGAAGGAAUUCAAGAAUGGCAUGUAUGCCAAUUUAGGAAUCGGUAUGCCAAUGCUAGCUCCGGCUUUCGUGGGACCAGAUGUUGAGGUGCAACUCCAAUCUGAGAACGGUAUUCUUGGUCUUGGUCCUUAUCCCGUGAAAGGUAAGGAGGAUGCAGAUCUUAUCAAUGCCGGCAAAGAGACCGUCACGUUGAAGCCUGGGGCUGCUGUCUUUGGUAGCGAAGAGAGUUUUGGCAUGAUCAGAAGUGGCCGUGUCAACCUCACGAUUCUUGGUGCCAUGCAAGUUAGCGGGAAUGGAGACCUUGCAAAUUGGAUGUUGCCAGGGAAGAUAAAGGGCUUUGGUGGUGCGAUGGAUUUAGUGUCGAAUCCCGAGAAAACCAAGGUCGUGGUUACGAUGGAACAUACAGAUAAAAAGGGCAACGCGAAGAUUGUCAAGCAAUGUGCUUUCCCAUUAACGGGCAAGGCUUGUGUAUCGAUGAUCAUUACCGAAUUGGGUGUCUUCGAGGUAGACAUCGCUACAGGUCUGACAUUGACAGAGAUUGCUGAUGGUGUCACGGUCGAUCAGAUCAAGAGCAAGACAGAAGCUCCUUUCAAGGUUGCCGAUGACUUGAAGCCAAUGUUAUGAUUGUAUAAAGCUCUGUGAUAUGGAAAAGGCAUGUUUAGGAGUCAGCUGGGAUUUGGAAUUAAUAGCAUGAUCUUUUUGUACAUCCAACUUAAAUCCUUCGCAAAGGUAUUCGACUUCGCGUAUCAGUCCACUUCCCCUUUAUAGGCGGGAGAGUCACGUGAAGAUAGAAUA